CGAGGCCUCCGCGGGGCCCCGCCCCGUCGCCCGGGCAACGGCGCGCGAGGCCCCGCCCCCCUCCCGGGCGCGCGGGGCGUGUCCUCCGCCGUCACGCGCGUCACGGGGCGGGCGCGUGACGUCAGGGCGCUGCCUCGCGGCGCCGGAGGCGGCCUGGGGCCUCAGAGAGCACGAGUGACGUCACUGCUGGCAGAGUGACAUCAGCACAGGCCCAGCCCGGCGACAUCACCGCGAGGCCUUGGGGCUCAGGAGUGACGUCAGCACCUGCGAAGAGCGAGCGGAAGUGACGUCAGCACCUGCGAAGAGCGAGCGGAAGUGACAUCACCGCCUGCGAAGAGCAGGCGGGAGUGACCUCACCGCCCGGCGUGACCUCGCCGGCCGCCCGCGGCCAUGUGGAGGCGGUGCGGGGCGCUGGGGCGGGCGCUGGCCCCCCGCGGGCUGCCCGGCCCGGCCGUGGGGCGCUGGGGGGCCCCGGGGAGCCGCCCCCCCAUGUGGCCCAGCCCGGCCUGCGGCGCCGCGGCCCUGUGCUCGCAGCCGGGGCGCCCCAAGGAUUACGCCCUGCCCAACGCCAGCUGGAGCCGGGACAUGCUGGACCUCUACGACCGCUUCCUGGCGAUGACCAAGGAGGGGCUGUGGAAGAGGAUUCCCUCCUACAACAACGUCCUCGAUCACAUCCCAGAAUCGAUGAAGCUGGCGCACGAGAAGAAGAAGGACACGCGCCUCUUCCUCCGCAGCAUCGAGGCCGAAGGCGUGGGCUUCGAGUACGUCAUGUUCCUGAACAGCUCGGAGAAGAGGGUGGUGUGCCUCUUCCAGCCCGGCUCCUACCUGGAGGGGCAUCCCGGCUUCGCCCACGGCGGCUCCAUCGCCACCAUCAUCGACAGCACGAUAGGGAGCUGCGCCAUCUUCGUGGCCGGGAGGGUGAUGACGGCCAACCUCAGCAUCAACUACAUGAGCCCCGUGCCGCUGGGCUCCGUGGUGCUCGUCGACAGCAAGGUGGACAAGGUGGAGGGCCGGAAAGUCUUUCUGUCCUGCAAAGUGCAGAGCGUUGACGGCGGCACCCUUCACGCGGAGGCGACGGCUCUCUUCAUCCAGCUGGAUGCCACCAAGUCCCAGAAGCAGCAGGCCAGCUGCCAGUAGGCUCCGUGAGGCCGGAGGCAGCUCCGGCUCUCCGGACCCCCGAACGCCACCGAUCGCAGCCCCUCGCAUCCGCCCCGCUCCCUCCCGGCGGUCCCGCGUCUCCGGGGGACGGCACGCAUCCACCCUGCCACCACCGAGACGCUUCUCCCAGCCGCCCCGCAGCGCUUCUCCCUCGCUCCGGCCCGGAUCCGGUUCCCCGCGCGACACCUCAUCCCUGCUGCUGGGACCAGCAUCAUCCCGGUGUUUGCGGCGGCUGGGGAGCAGCCAGGAAACCCCAUUUUGGAUAGGAACGGGAUGGAAACGCCCAUGAGCACGUCGGCCUCGUGCCUCAGUUUCCCUGGAGCGGCCAGUGGUGCCGAGUAUUAACUGCCCUGUUUUAGGUCAGUGUUGUGAACACAAGCACUUUAAGACGCAAGGAAUAUACUGAAUAUUUAUUGGCAUUUUUGGUAGGAAUUAGCCGCGUUUCUGACAGCGUUGGUGUGACGAAAGGCCGGGAGGUCCCGUUUUUCCGGAGGAGGGAGAUGCCCCAACGCGGCCCGGUUCCGGCCGGGAGGUGCAGCCGCCUCGGGGUUCCCUGCCGCCGCGAGCGGUGCCUCCCCGCGGGCCCCGGGCUCGGCCGUCGGCACGAAAUGGCGCGGAAAUAAAACCUCUCGGGGACCGGA